UAUGAAUUCUAUUCUAUGUUGAUCGAUUGAAAAUAAAAUACAAUGUGACAAAGUCAAACAAAAUUGCAUUUCGAACUGGUUAUUUUUAGAAUUUAAUUGAUAAAGACGAUGAGAAUACAUGUAUUAGGAUAAAAUUGAAUGCGUCUGCGAAUAUGACAACUAUCAUAAAAUUUGAACUCAAAGAGCUCCGAAAGUUAGCAAACGACAAGGAUUCCUGUGUUAUUGAGAAAAAAGUGACUCAAAAUCUAGCACUUCAGCCUUGGUGUCUUGGAAACCUAAAGGAAUCUAUAAAGAAUUUGCUAGAUUAUAAGAUAGGCAAAUAUGACAAAGAGUUCAAUGGAAUCCUCCUAAGUUACAAAAAUCUCAACAUAUUGCAAAAUAUUGGAUCAAUAAGAAAUGAUAAUGCUGACAUAAACUUUCAAGUACAGGCCGAUUAUUUUAUAUUUCGCCCUUACGUGGGGGCAAUGUUAAAAGGUGUUGUUAACAGGAAGAGUCACACACAUUUAGGAAUUUUAGUACAUAGAGUUUUCAAUGUAGUUAUACCACGACCUACUGAAGAACCAGGCAAUAAGUGGAUAGGAAUGUCUGUUCAUGAAGGCCAACCCAUUGCAUUUCGUGUUGUUGUUCUAGAUUUAUAUGGAGCCCUUCCGUAUAUUAGAGGAGAGUUAGAUGAAAGAUUUAUAAAGCUGGGACUUGAUGGACAUGAUGAUAUUUUAGAUAAUACACUAAAUGUGAACUAUGUGGAUUUUGAGAAAACUAAACCAUUUUCUCAAAAGCAAGGAGGAGAUGGAUUACCUGAAUCAUCCUCUAAAAAUAUACCAAGAAUGAACAAUAAGCAACAGCUUUCUAAUAGAUAUGCCAAAACAAAUGGAAAGCCCAUUCCGGACAAAAAUAAAAUUACUGAAAAAGAUACUGUCUCUGUAGAAAAGGACAAAUAUAAAAGGCAGAUUAAAGUAUUCGAAACAGAAUCAAAACAGCAAGAAUCAAAUUCCAAAUCUAAGAAACAUAAAAAAGACAUUUAAUAAGUCUAUUAAUGGAUUUGAAAGGCAGUCGGAUAAUUAUUGUCCCUUUUCAUGCAUAUCAAAUAGUAUUAAAUAUGUACCAUAUGUUCAUACAUGUUUAGGUUCUUAUUUAUACAUCAAAAAUAUUAACACUGAUGGUUUUAAAUGCCUUCAAAUCGUUAUUUCUGUUUAUGUAUAAAAAUUCAUGACAUGUAUUGGUACCAAUGUUUUACUGAAAUGCAAUAACAUUAAUAACAAACAGAAUACCUAUUAUUAUAACAAAUUGUGCAGAUCAGAUACUCAUAAAGUCCAGUGUAAUUUUCAGUAUCAUGUUGGGUGCCAAAUGUUAUGAAUUUUAAAAAUUUAUUUUAUAUGUUUUCAGAAUUAUAUUUUAAUUAUACAUUUAAUUCUUGA